AUGGACCAAACCACUUUACUCAACUGGUAUCAAUCACUUUCUACGAAAGUGGUUGACCUCGUUGGUGACCUUGUCGGCGAUGAACUUUUCAUCAUUGACGGAGAUUCACUGUUACUGCACUGUUUCUCCAAUAAGAAGCUAGAUUUUGCCCCAGGAUUUCAGCUGCUACAUGCAACUUAUCUUGUUGAAAAGUUCUUGAGUCAGCUUUACCAGCGAAACUGCCUCUUCGAAAUAGUGUUCUUCUCUCAAAAUUCUCAACUCUGCCUCCCCUUGGCCACCAAAGCUAAUCAAUACGACCGGUAUUUGCUUGCCAGAGAAGCGAUUAUACAGCAUCUCGAAUCGAUCUCUUCCCGAUCAGCAUCAACUCUCACAGUGCGAAGAUUCAAUACUUUCCAGUCAAAGGCUUUUGAUGAACACUUUGUGAGCUCCGGAGCUUCUCUAUUCGUGUGUCACGACGGUUCAUUCGCGAUUGAAAAUCAUGACAAAAAGUACGAAGAGGAUGAAAACACAGAUCUUGAAGAUGAGAGCAGUGAUGAGAGCAAUGAUGAUGAGGACAGCCAAAGUCCGCCCAAGGUUCAGGUGCAGGAUAAGACUACGCACGGAACAAGCUUGAGAAUCAACAAUAGGUUGAUGAUUCACCAUCUAUUUACUCAUGGAUGCAACGUUGCUCUUAUCCACAGUGUUGAAUUUCGAGAUACCAAGGUUAUGGCCAUGAUCAUCCAGGACCAUCACAAGAAAAACUUAAGGCUACCCAUAUCACAGAGUGACGGGAACAAUUGCGACUUCGAAAAGUCAAAGUUUGUAUCAGUUCAAGAUAAUAAACUUCUCGAGAUGGCGAUUUUUUCACAGCCUGAUCUGACACAACGUCAAUGUCUUACAGCCGUUGCGCUAGCCAUGAUUCUGAAAACUGCUACCGGAAACCCUGAAAAUAAGAUCGGUGCUAUAUCGGUCAUUCUACACCUUGGGAUCUUGCAAGAUGCCAAACUUAAAGAACGAGUCUCAAAACCUGCCACGCCCGUGAACUCUGCAUUUUUUGACCUUUUCUUGAAGACUGCUGGAGCGAUACUCACAUCAACACAUUGGAAGAAGACAGUUAAUAUCCACAACUUACCAUGUGACCUGUUUGACCUCGUAGAUGGAAGACUUUUCUUCCAAGUGCAGGAGUUGAUAACGAGUCUCGGCAUCGAAAACACAAUUUCACCUGUGACUCUUGUGCCGUUCAACAACCUUGCAAGUGUUGUGGAUCACCUGUGUGGUUCUAACCUUCAAUAUAAACCGAAUGAAGAAAAUGGGUUCUUCCCGAUGAAAAAACCAUCUCCCGGAAAUAUGGUCUCUAAUUCUGCAAGCUUCACGACAGUGCUUCCAUUCACAAAUGAAGUCUUUGAACACCAUCUCAAGCCAAUUCAUCUGGAUUUGGAUGGGUCUAGUGAUCCAGAUGAAGAUACUAAAUUCUCCAACGUCUUCAUAGAUCAAACCCAUUGGCAUAAUACUAAGCCCCUUGACCAGAAGAAGGCAAUUGCUUCGUCGGCAUGGGAAAAGAGAAGAGAGUUAAAACGUUUCCAAAGAUACAUGACCGAGAUAAGAAAGUAUGCGGAAAGUUUGGUAGGUUCUGCAGGCAUGUUCCAAAAGGAUACGAUCAUUGUUGGUUCCUCUUCUUCUGUUGCCAAGGAGAAAAAGCAGUUGGCGCCCAAAAAGAAAUCCAAACAGCCCGCGGGGAAACAAUCCGUCAAGGACAAAGUCGCAGCCCAAAUGGAUCUGAAAGCAAUGGAGGAAGCAAAAAAACAGAUAGGAAAGUGGGUGAUGAAACAAAAGGACUUUUCAAAGAUUACGGAUCUAGUCCCUCGUUUUGUUGCCGUCGAUGAGUACUUAUCUAGCUUACCCAAAGUCAGUCGCCUCAUUUUGGAAGCCGAAAUUCUCACAUACCUCCUCGAUACAAUGCUACAAGUCCUCUUGCUCGCGCAAAAGACUGGGAAGCAUGCAGAAAUUCUUGCUGCAACACAUGUCUGGGCCGUUCUAUCUCGUCUCCUGAAAGUCAAGCAAGGCAUCUGUGCCGAUAUUGCUAAUUUUGUAGAGAAUUCAUGUCGAGGAUUCGGACUGCCAAUUGUUCAGCUCAAAAUCGAUAGCGAGCAGCCGCUAUCGUUCAAAUUUUCAAAAACACCCUCAGCACAAAUGAAGCCUCUAGGACUGGAUGCUGUGGAGUUCCAAUUCCUGCAUGGAGGUCCCUUUAUGGAGCGUAGAAUGGAUUCCAUGCCCGACUCUCGAACACCUGAUUUUGAACCCGAUCUUUGGCAGCGGGAAGUCCUUGAUCAGAUUGAUGCCAAGGAGAGCGCCCUCAUCAUCGCUCCUACCAGUGCGGGAAAGACGUUCAUCUCAUUCUACGCAAUGAAACAAGUGCUGAAAGAGGACAAUGAUGGAAUUAUUGUGUAUGUUGCUCCUACAAAGGCACUUGUCAAUCAGAUCGCCGCCGAGGUACAAGCUCGAUUUUCAAAAUCAUAUCCUGAAAAGAUAGUGAAGGCAAUGUGGUCCAUCCACACCCGGGACCACAGAAUAAAUGAUCCCAGUGGCUGUCAAAUUCUCAUCACAGUUCCGCACAUUCUUCAAAUCAUGCUACUUGCCCCAUCGAAUGCCAACUCAUGGACUCCUCGAAUCAAGCGCAUCAUCUUUGACGAGGUUCACUGCAUUGGCCAGGCUGAAGAUGGUGUCGUCUGGGAGCAACUGCUUCUCUUAUCGCCAUGUCCGAUUAUUGCUCUUUCAGCUACCAUUGGCAAUCCAGAAGAGUUUUUUGAGUGGCUGAAACAUACUCAAGGCACUAAUGGGCAUAACUUAAAGAUGAUUCAGCAUCAGCACAGGUACUCCGAUUUGCGAAAAUAUGUUUACCGUCCUCUACAAAGUUUCUCAUUCAAAGGGCUUCUCAACACGAGUGGUCUGUCUUGCCUGGGCCUCGAUGAUGCGAAAGGUAUCGAAUUCUUGCAUCCUGUGCUUACCUUGGUCGAUCGCGUGAGAGGAGUGCCAGAUGACUUCAGCCUCGAGCCACGCGACUGCUGGACUCUGUGGAAGGCAAUGAAUAAUCUCCAAACGGACGAAUUUCCAGUUCCCGACUCCCUAAAUCCAUCGGUUCUUUUCUCCGGUGUCAUUAUCCAAAAGACAGAUGUUAUCGAAUGGCAGAAGCCGUUAAAAAAUCUGCUCGCGAUCUGGAUGACCGACAUACGAUCUCCUUUUGAGAAACUUCUAUUCCACCUCAGCCAUACUGAUCUAGCAAGGCUAGUCGAAAGUAACAAUGAUCCAAGUGAUCCAUCCAGGGAUUUAUCAAGUGAUGCAUCAAGUGAUACACUCCAGUCUGAUGAGCCAGAGUAUUCCACUCUUCAAUUAAUUUGCUCUCUUCACGCCCAACGCGCUCUCCCCGCGUUGUUCUUCAAUUUCGAUCGGAAGAGGUGCGAAGAUAUUGGCCAACAACUGUUGAGUCAGCUUCAAAAAGCAGAAGACGAUUGGAAGGCAACAAGCCCUAUCUGGAAGUCCCAACUUUUCAAGUUCGAUCAUUUUAAGAAAAUAGACGAGGCCGCGAAAAAGAGGUCCAGCAAGGCUACCAAGAAAAAAGGAGCCAAUGAUCAAGAAAUGACUCGCGAAGACCAAAUUAGGGAUUCGGCGUCUGCGGAUAGCAAUCCUCUUGCGGGCUUUGAUCCAAAUAGACCACUGGAAAAAUACAGUUUCGCCGAUCCCAAAAAACUCUCCAAGUCUGAGUUUGCCGAGUACGCUUCGCAGCUGAAACAUCGACAAAUCAACCAAUGGCUCAUAGAUGCUCUCGAGCGGGGUAUCGGUAUUCAUCAUGCAGGUAUGAAUCGAGGCUAUCGUCAAGUUUGCGAAAUUCUGUUCCGAAAGGGCUUUCUUCGUGUGGUUAUUGCGACAGGCACUUUAGCCCUGGGUAUCAAUAUGCCCUGCAAGACUGUCGUUUUCUCGGGAGACUCGAUAUAUUUGACAGCCCUCAACUUCCGGCAAGCCGCAGGACGAGCAGGUCGUCGUGGAUUCGAUAUGUUGGGAAACGUAAUCUUUCAAAAUAUCCCAAUCGUCAAGGUUGAGCGGCUCAUUAGCUCGAGACUACCAGAUAUCAACGGACAUUUCCCGAUUACCACGAGUCUAGUUCUGAGAUUGUUCAUUCUACUGCAUGGGUCUAAGCAGGCUCCAUCAGCUGUCAAGUCUAUCAACUCAAUCCUCUCGAGUCCUCGUAUUUGUCUUGGUGGCGAAGCGACAAAGCACACUGUUUUGCACUAUCUCCGCUUUUCAAUUGAGUAUCUUCGACGAAAUAAUCUCAUUACCAUCACAGGUUCUCCGUUGAAUUUCUCCGGUUGCGUCUCCCAUUUGUACUACACAGAAAGUUCGAGUUUUGCUUUCCACGCCCUUCUGAAUUCUGGCUACUUGUACGAGCUUUGCAAAGGCAUCGACCGCACGCCGAAACGCACUCUCCGUACGCUUAUGCUUGUCAUGUCACAUGUUUUUGGACGCUAUGCCUUGCGUCGUUCCACUUUGGAAUCAUAUCUCGCAGCCAAGAAAAGAGCUUCCUCGGUCGUGUUGCUUCCGCCGUUGCCGAAAAAGGCAGCCAAGGUACUCAUUAGCCAUAACAACCAGGUCCUUGACAUCUACUCGGGAUAUGUAUCUACUUUUAUAGAGAAGCAUGUGGAAGGUCCUGACCGCUCUCUGCCAUUCAGUGGGGCCGAAUGUGGCGGAGAGAAAUCCGUAAUCGAGCUUGGGCUUCCUCAGCAAAAGGAGGCUCUUCCCAGAGUGAUUUCUCCUUUCUACGCCCUUUCUGGGCAUGUUGAUAAGUGGGAUACUGUUACUGAUCUGUGUGAGACGGUCCGCAGUCAAGUGUGGCUUGAGAAGUCUGCCGUGCCGUAUGUGCCUAUCACCUCAGAAAGCGAUCCGUUGAACGCCUAUCUGUAUGACUUUUUCAAACACGGGAAUGUCCAACAGCUGGAGACGGCCAACGACGUCCGCCGAGGUGAUGUCUGGUACCUCCUUAAUGACUUCUCAAUGAUUCUCGCAACCAUCGUCACCAGUAUGGCAAACAUUCUGAAUCAACGUGGCAACACAGGAAUGGAAAUGAUCAAUGUCAGCGGCGGCGGUGAUAACUUUGAGUGUGAAAUCGACGACGCAAUCUUAGACGACGAAGAAGACAAGGCUAAGACGGCGUCUGCCAAGGCUCGCGAUAAGGCCAUGGCCCCAGUCCCUGAAAGGAAAACGAAAUCAAAGACGAUGGAGAACUGGGACGACGAGCUUCUCGAGGACAUGGCAAAGGUCUCUCUUAAGGAAAAGGCUAAACGCCUGGAGGAAAGUGAAAAGAAGCAGGAGGAAUUCCGCAAGGCUUUGAUCGUGGUUUACCGGGCUUUCAUGAAACUUAAGGAGGAUUUCGAUGGCAAGUUCAGAGAGAUGUGGGCUUAA